CCCCUCACUAACAAAAGCAAGAUAGAGAAGUGGAAGUAGGGAAGCAGGAAGAGAUAUGGACUUGCUAAAAUGGAAUCUCUUUCCUCUGUUAGCGCUGCUCGCUUCUUUUCUUUUCCUUUUCUACAUUCAGGAUUCUUCCAAGCCAUCUCAAAGUGGUUGCAGUCUUCUUCCUCAUAGUCACUAUUGGAUUGCAAGCAAGCGCAUUGUGACUCCACAAGGGAUUAUUUCUGGUGCAGUGGAGGUAAAGGGAGGGAAUAUCAUAUCAAUAGUUGAGGACAAAGAUUGGAAUGGAAAAUCUAAACAAGUACUUGAUUAUGGUAAUGCGGUUGUCAUGCCUGGCUUGAUCGACGUGCAUGCACAUCUAGAUGAUCCAGGUAGGGCUGAAUGGGAGGGAUUUCCUUCAGGGACUAAAGCAGCUGCUGCAGGGGGCAUUACAACAUUGAUUGACAUGCCUCUAAAUAACUUUCCUUCUACUGUUUCAGCAGAAACAUUGAAACUCAAGAUUGAGGCUGCAGAAAAGAGUAUUUAUGUUGAUGUUGGCUUUUGGGGAGGUCUAGUCCCUGAAAACGCAUUCAAUGCAACAACUCUGGAAGCCCUCUUAGAUGCUGGUGCCCUUGGUUUGAAGUCUUUUAUGUGCCCUUCAGGGAUCAAUGACUUUCCUAUGACAGAUGCUACUCAUAUUAAGGCUGGCCUGUCCGUAUUGGCCAAAUACAGGAGACCUUUACUUGUACAUUCUGAGAUUCAACCAGCUAUCGAGAACCACUUAGAAAUUGAAGAUGAUGGUGGUGAUCCUCGAUUAUAUUCAACUUAUCUUAAGACAAGGCCGCCUUCCAUGGAGGAGGCAGCUAUUAGAGAACUUUUGACUGUUACGAAGGACACAAGCAUUGGAGGUCUGGCAGAAGGUGCUCAUCUUCAUGUUGUUCAUUUGUCUGAUGUCAGUUCUUCCUUAGAUCUUAUAAAGGAAGCAAAAAGGAGAGGUGACAGCAUAACUGUUGAGACUUGCCCUCAUUAUUUAGCUUUUUCAGCAGAAGAAAUUCCUGAAGGAGAUACUCGUUUCAAGUGUGCCCCACCUAUCCGUGAUGCAGCCAAUAAAGAAAAACUAUGGAAUGCUUUAAUGGAAGGACAUAUCGAUAUGCUGAGUUCAGAUCAUUCACCGUCAAUCCCAGAACUUAAACUCCUGAACGAUGGUAACUUUUUGAAGGCUUGGGGCGGUAUAUCAUCUAUACAGUUUGUUCUUCCUGUGACAUGGUCGUACGGACAGAAAUUCGGAAUAACAUUGGAACAGUUAGUUUCAUGGUGGAGCGAAAGGCCCGCGAAGUUUGCCAGAUUGUAUUCGAAGGGAUCCAUUACAAUCGGAAACCAUGCAGACAUUGUUGUCUGGGAACCUGAAGUUGAGUUCGACCUGAAUGAAGAUUAUCGAAUGUUUGUUAAAAAUCCGAGUAUCUCUGCCUACAUAGGCAAAAGACUUUCUGGGAAUGUGUUGGCUACAUUUGUAAGAGGGAAUCUUGUGUACAAAGAAGGGAACCAUGCUCUUGCUGCCUGUGGUUCAAAGAUCCUUGCAACAUAGAAUUGCAAAAGGGGAACAUCAUUCUCGUUCUACAUCGUUACUAGCAAUGAAUUUGUCAAUUUUCGUCACACGAUGAAAACAGAACAUUUAAACAAAAUAAACAUGAAUUGUACAAUAUGUUUAAUAAUACAUGUAUCUUCGUUUUGUGUA